AUGGCUGCGAAUGCAAAUAAUGGUGUUAACAACAAUGCAAAUCUGGGUAACGAAGGUAAUGCAGUAGCUGAGGCUGGCCCGCCAUUGAGAAAUUAUGUACUCCCUACUGUUAUGGGGAUACAUUCAAGUAUUCGUCCUCCUACUGUUGAGGCGAAAAAUUAUGAGAUAAAACCCUCGAUCAUUCAGAUGGUACAGAACUAUGUACAAUUCAGGGGACUACCAAAUGAGGAUCUGAAUCUCCACAUCACCAACUUCUUAAAGCUGUGUGGAACAUUCAAAAUGAACAGGGCACAUGCUAUUAGUAACUUUCCAAGACCUUCCAACAACCCUUACUCAAAUCCAUAUACUCCUGCUUGGAAGAAUCAUCCCAACAUGUAUUGGAAAAAAAACCAAGGAUUACAACCACAGUAUCCACCUCAACACCCACCUCACCAACCGACCUAUGGACUUCAACCUAGGCCAUACUAUGAUCCAAACCCACGCCCAAUAGCUCAACCUAACCAGUUGAAUCAAUUCAUGACAAACACAAGGUCCUCAAUCAAGAAUUUGGAGACACCAAUGGGUCAGUUGGCUAAGUUACUUUCUAGUAGACCACAAGGGAAUUUGUCUAGUUCCAUAGAGGGGUCUUCGGUUUCAGUUCUAGAGGAAGAGGUGAAGACUCAAGAUCAACAAGCAGCUACAACAAAGCAGAAGAGGGUCACUGACGAUCUGGAGAAAAAGGGUAAUAAAAAAGCUAAGAUUGUAGAACAUACUCCUAAAUUACCGUAUCCUCAAAGGUUUAGGAAAGUGAAUCUCGAUAAGCAGUUCUCCAAGUUUCUUGAGGUGUUUAAGAAACUUCACAUCAACAUACCAUUUGUUGAGGCUUUGGAGAAAAUGCCCAACUAUGUGAAGUUUAUGAAGGAUAUAUUAUCCAAGAAAAGGAGAAUGGAGGAUUUUGAGAUAGUGGAUUUGACAGAGGAGUGCAGCACCAUCUUACAAAGGAAGCUCCCUCAUAAAUUAAGAGAUUUAGGGAGUUUUACUAUCCCAUGUACCAUCAGAAAUUCUCAGUGUGAGAGAGCUUGUUGUGAUUUGGGCACCAGUAUCAAUUUAAAGCCAAUGUCAGUUUAUCAGAGAUUGGGGUUAGGAGAAGCGCACCCCACUACAGUGACACUACAGUUAGUAGACAGGUCUAUAAAGCAUCAUCGUGGGAUUCUAGAGGAUGUCCUAGUAAAGGUAGAUAAAUUCAUCUUCCCAACAGAUUUCAUUGCAUUAGAUAUGGAGGAAGACGAGGACUAG